AAGUGAAAACGGUCGUCCAACCAAGUGCUAUCAAUAUCAGAAUAUCAUAGUUUAAAGAGUAAAUGGCGGAGGAGCUAGAAGUGGUGAAAUUCGUAAGAGAACAAGUUCCAGAUUGGGACGAUGAUGUCAAGUCUACUGCUCGAUUUAAGGCUUUUAGCGGCCAAAAGUCUGAUUGGGAGCCUCAAUUUCAUUUCUGGAGAGAAUUGAUUAUCAAAAUUGCUCGUCAAUUCAACCUUAUUUUUCUCUCCCCUUCUCAGAUGAAAAAUUGCUGGUUUAAUAGGGGAGGCCUGUCACCGUUAUGCCUAGAUGAUGUUCUGCUUGAAAUGUACAAAGCUGGUUAUUUUUUACGGAUGAGUGAUCUUGCAGAUCCAACUAGUGGAAGAUUUUCUCAGCUUCUCAAGAAAAUUAUACAUUUCCCCAUUACCUUUAGAUCAUCAGCUUCAAAUGAUAUUCUCAAAGAUCGUCUCAUUCUUCUAGUGAUGCUGGAGGAUAAAAUUGCCGAUAUCGUUAAAGCAUUAGCAGAAACCCACUGGACAUCGUCAUGUAUCAUAACAGUGAGGAAGUUUGAAAGUCUAUUCAGGGAGCGCAAUGAAGCAUAUGCAGUGUUGAGUUACCUGUCAGGACAAGGGAGAGCAAGAUACCUUUCACUUAAAAGAAAAGAACUGAUAGAGGGUGUAAAAUUGUCUCUCUUGCCUGCUGCCGUGUCUAGUACUCCAAGUAUAGAUUCUGUUAAAUUGCAAUUGGUUUGGACUCUAGAGGAGCUUCAGCAGCAGCUUGUUGUUGUCGACGAACAAUAUAAAAGGUGUUAUUUCAGAUCAAGAAUAUCUGCUUUAGCUGCAUUACAAUCUGGAGACAAGAAAUUAGCUCUAAGGAACGCAAGGCAGUUGAAGUUAGCUUCAGAGAGUAGAGAGAAACUAACAUCACUCUUCAACCGAGUGGAUGAAGUACUUCGUGUUAUUACAGAAGCAGAAUCAGCAAAGAAGGUGUCUGAAGCUAUCCAGCUUGGUGCUCGGGCUAUCAAGGAAAAUCACAUGAAUGUCAAAGAAGUUGAAUUGUGUCUGCAAGAGCUUGAUGAGUUUAUGGAUUCCCAGAAAAUCAUCCACAAUGCCUUAGGUGAAUCAGCAUCGUAUACAACUGUGGAUGAUGAAGAUGUGGAGGAGGAGCUAAAGAACCUAGAAUCACAAAUUAGAGAUGAAAAUCUCGUGGUUUUAACGCCCAAAAAUGAGGAAGAUGUGACAAGAAAUGCAAAGGCUUCGGUUAAUUUGGAUCCUCUUUGCGCUGCCAUCACAGAUCUUAAGCUUGAAAGCAAGACUGAAGACCCCUGUAUUCAAGGUUCAAGCACUUCAAGAAGGAACACAAGUCUUAAGCUUGAAGCUGCAUAGCUGGAGUUGGUUUCAGCUUAUUUAAGCUGUUGUUGUCUGUUGAUGUGACUUACUUCAAGUUGUAUAUACAUUGUGUAUACAACUCUGGAUUAGUCACUCUCCACCAUCAGAAACAGGAUGCAUCCCCCUGUCACCGAGUAUCUGAACUCGUCUGGUAGGACUAACAAGACUGCCUCAGCUGAUCUUAUCAUGGAACAAUUUAGCAACUCAUCGACAUGAGAGUGGGGAUACACUUGACUACCUGAGAACCUUUGCAUGUAAGCUGAACAACACUCUUUAACAGGUCUCUGUAUAUUAUAUUUUCUUACAUAGCAUGCACGAGGAUUAUAUGAUAAAUCCCCAUAUGGCCUAGAACUUUGUUGAGCUAUAGUGUUUCUAUCUUUGUUACUGGUUAGUGCAGUAUGAGAUAGACAUUCAGAAGUUAAGAUUGUAAAAUGACUAAUGAUAUAAGACAUUUGGUUUUCAUUGCUGUA